AUGGACAUAUUUUUGACGAGGUUUAAUUCAUCUCCAUCAAGUUCUAGUUUUAGAGACAAUUUCUCCCAUCUUGUAGAGGAGUUUGACGUGAAAUCACUUAAUACUGACCCCGGAGAGAGAAUAUCCAUUAGAUAUAGCUCUAGAAUACAGGAUGAAAUGAGAAGACACUACAUCCAAAGAGGGCCUUGCCAACCAAUUGAUCACAAAUUUCCUAAAGCUUUAUUUGGGAAGAAAAUGCGCCAAUUUAGUCCGGGUUGGUUUAAAGGUUCGCAUUCUAGAUGGUUAGAGUAUAGUGUGAAGAAAGAUGCCGCAUUUUGUUUAUGUUGUUAUUUAUUCAAAAAUGAUUACGUUCAUGGAAGCACAAGUGACUCUUUCACAAAAACCGGCUUUAAGGCUUGGAAUAAAGGAAUCGAAAGACUUGGUCUACAUGUUGGUGAAGUAAAUAAUCUCCACCAUAAGUGUUUCAACAAUAUGCUAGACUUGUCAAAUCAAUCUCAAUCAAUUCAAGCUGAUUUUGAAAAGCAAUCUGAUCAACAAAAAACUGAAUAUCUAAUUCGUUUAAAUGUCUCAAUCGAUGUUGCAAGGUUUCUUUUGAACUUUGGAUUGUCUUUUCGUGGUCACGAUGAAAGUGAAUCAUCAACAAACAAAGGCCUUUUUCUAGGGCUUUUGGAAUGGCUUGGAAAUAGUCUUCCAGAUAUAGAUAGAAUUAUAUUAAAACAUGCUCCAAAAAAUGAUAUGAUGACUUCGCCAAAAAUUCAAAAGGAUAUUGUGAGUGCUUGUGCACAAGAGACCGUGAAAGCUAUAAUUGAUGACUUGGAUGGAGAUUAUUUUGGGAUAUUAGUUGAUGAGUCCAAGGAUAUUUCACAUCAUGAACAAAUGACCCUCACUUUGCGGUAUAUUGACAAAAAAGGCCAAGUGAACGAGCCAUUUAUUAGCCUUGUUCGUGUUAGUGAUACAUCUGCAAAGUUGUUGAAAGAAGCAGUACUUUCUUUGCUAAUAAAACACUCAUUAAGUCCAUCCAAAAUACGUGGACAAGGCUAUGAUGGGGCUAGUGAUAUGCAGGGAAAGAUGAAUGGUCUUAAAGCUUUAAUUUUGCAAGAAACUCCAUCGGCAUAUUCAGCUCAUUGUUUUGCACAUCAAUUACAGUUGACGCUUGUAGCUGUUGCUAAAAAACACAAGGAGUUAGAGACUUUCUUUGCUAUAGUUACUAACGUGUUGAAUGUAAUUGGAGUUUCUUUUAAGCGUAGAGAUCAACUUCGGGAUCAUCAAACAGAAUUGUUGGAGCAAUUGUUGGAGAGUGGUGAAGUUCAAAGUGGAAAAGGAUUAAAUCAAGAGCGAGGAUUUCAAAGGCCAGGUGACACUCGUUGGGGAUCACAUUGUAAAAUAUUAGAUAACUUUGUUAUUUUAUUUUCUUCUAUUGUUCAUGUGUUUGGGGUGAUUGAAUGUGACAGUGAUGUUAAUGAUAAGUUGCAAGACGAAACUUUUUUCAGUAAAAUUAAAGUAUUUGAAUUUGUUUUCUUGCUUCACUUAAUGUUGAAAGUGUUGAUAAUGUCAAACGAGUUGAGCAAAGCUUUACAGAAGAAAGAUCAAGAUAUUGUCAAUGCCAUGAUAUUUCUUGAUAUCACAAAGGAAUGGUUGCAAGAAAUGAGAGAUAAAGGAUGUGAACCAUUGAUGGAUGAAGUAUAUUUAUUUUGUGCAAAACAUGAUAUUUUGGUGCCUAAGAUGGAAGAAUUCUAUAUUCCUGGAAAGUCGAAGCGUAGGCUUCUAGUUAACCUGCUUCUUGGUAUGGCUAGCUUGAAUCCGAUUAAUUCAUUUGCUAAUUUUGAUAAGGAAAGAAUAAUAACAUUGGCCAAGCAUUAUCCCGAUGAGUUUGGUGAAUUGAAGCUUCGAGAUCUUAGUCGCCAACUUGACACUUUCAUAUGGAACAUGCAACAUGGUGACCCUAGGUUCUCUGAUUUGAAAGGAAUUGGUGAUUUGACAAAAGCAUUGGUUGAGGCAAAUCUUGUGGAUACUUAUUCACUUGUUUAUUUGCUUGUGAAGUUGACUUUAAUUUUACCUGUCGCAACUGCAACGGUGGAAAGAGCACUCUCAUCCAUGAAGUACAUCAAAGAUGAAUUGUGUAGUAGUAUUAGUGAUGCAUUUUUAAAUAAUUGUUUAGUCUGUUACUUUGAGAAGGAAGUAUUUGUAAAUAUAAGCAAUGAUGCUAUUAUUGACCGUUUUCAAAACAUGAAAGCGCGUCGAGUUCAACUAUAA